AUGCCGCCACCGCCGCCGCCGACGUGGCCGCCCAGCGGCGCCCGGAUCCUCCGCGUCUUCACCAGCGAGGUAUUCGCCGGGGCCGCACUCGAGACGGACGCCGAGAACAUCGACUCGCUGCGUGCCCUGGCACCCGUUAAGGAGGCGUGGCAGUCGCGCAAGCUGAGGCUCGCACCCGGCGCGCCGGAGGCGACCUUUAGCGGCAACGCGACGGCCAUCGACUACGACAUCCACCACAUGACGGGCGUCGACAGGCUGCACGCGGCCGGCGUGACGGGCAAGGGCGCCAAGGUUGCCGUUGUCGAUACGGGUAUCUGGUACACCCAUGAAGCGCUUGGUGGUGGCUUCGGAGAAGGUUUCAAGGUUGCCGGUGGUUAUGACUUUGUCGGCGAUGGAUCUUGGCCAACCGAAGGCCAAGUAAAGAACCCCGACGCCGACCCGUUGGACCAGCAAGGCCACGGAACCCAUGUCGCCGGUAUCAUCGCCGGAAACAGCAGCAUCCUUACCGGGGUUGCCCCUGAAGCGACUCUGUACGCCUACAAAGUCUUUGGCUCCGUCGACGGCACGGAUGAAGACACUCUGAUCGAGGCCUUCAUUGCAGCCUACGAUGCGGGUGUCGACAUCAUCACGUCCUCUAUCGGUGGCUUAAGCGGCUUCACAGACAACGCCUGGGCCGUCGUCGCCUCCCGGCUCGUCGAUCAGGGCGUUGUUAUCACAAUCUCCGCCGGCAACGACGGCCAGGCGGGCGCCUUCGCCGCCAGCAGCGGCUCCUCGGGUAGCCACGUCGUCGCCGUCGCCUCCGUCGAGGCUGACGUCCUUGCCUCCUCGUCCUUCAGGGGCGUCUUCAGCCUCGACGGCCGCUCCAACGAGACGCGCGUGGCGUACAGGGCCGUUGAAGACUGGUUCCCUUCCGAGGUUAGGGACUGGCCCAUCGUGCCCCUGAGCCUCGACACCGGCACCGCCGACGAGGCGUGUGACCCGUUGCCCGCCGAUACGCCCGAUCUCACAGGCGUCGUCGCCCUCGUGCGUCGCGGGGGCUGCAACUUUGAACAGAAGCAGGGCAACCUCGCCGCCUUCAAUGCCUCUCACAUCCUCUUCUACAGCAACGAGAUGCCGCUCGUGCGACCGAUGACCGGAGACGCGAGCAGCCUCAUCGCCAUGGUCGACGCCCACGUCGGCGCCGCCAUCAUCGACACCGUCAAGGCCGGCGGCAACGUCACGGCCGACUUCACCGAGAGGCCCAUCCUCCAUAUCGUCGGCAUCAAGAACGAGGAGAACGGCGGCGUGGCCAGCCAGUUCACGUCCAUCGGCGCGACCAACGACCUCUUCAUCAAGCCCGACGUCGCGGCUCCCGGCGGACAAAUCCUCAGCUCCUAUGUCGGAGGCGGCUACGCCAUUCUCAGCGGCACGUCCAUGUCGUGCCCGUACGUGGCCGGCAUCGCGGCGCUAUACGUCGGCAAGUUCGGCGGCCGCGGCGCUCACGGGCCCGAGUGGGCAAAGAGCCUCGCCAUCCGCCUCAUCGCCUCGGGGGACGCAAUCCCCUGGGACGACGGCCGGCUCGAGAACAACAAGUACGACUUCCUCGCGCCCGUAGCACAGGUAGGUACCGGUCUCAUAAACGCCACAAAGGUCCUCGGGUACGAGACGACCUUGUCGUUCGCCAAGUUCGCCCUCAACGACACCCACCACUUCAGCCGCUACCACACCGUCGACAUCACCAACACCGGCGCCCGGCCCCUGACAUACACCUUUGCGCAGCAGGAGUCUGGCGGCAUGAACACCGUCAACCUGGACCCUGGCGAGUGGGGGACGCCCAAGAUCGCCUGGUUCGAGGAGGUCAUGGCCGCACCGCAGAAGAUGACGCCGCACAUCUCCUUCCCCGGCGGCCCCUUCACCGUCCAGCCGGGCGAGACGAAGACGGCCCAGUUCAAUUUCAGGUACCCAGAGAAUCAGGGACUCGACCCGGCCAAGCUGCCCUUGUACAGUGGCAAGGUCCUGGUCAGGGGCAGCAACGGCGAGACGCUCGGCGUGCCGUACCUGGGGCUGGCUGCUGACCUGCACAAGGACGUUGGUAUCAUGUUCCAGUACCCAAUCGGCUUCCCGCGCAUCACGUCGACCCGCCAGAACAUCCUCAUCGCCGACAAGGCCAACUUCACCUUUGACUUGGAUCCGGCCGUCCAGGACUUCCCGAACCUGUACACGCGGGUUCAAUACGCGACACGCGAGCUGCGGUGGGACAUCUUCGAGGCCUCGUGGGUCGAGAGGGACUGGAAGUACCCUCCCGUCGUCGGCGAGGCCGGCUUCGUGGGCGCGGCAACGAGCUGGGCCAAGGCAUCGGGGAAGAACUUCAUCGACCCCAACAUCGACGACCCCAGCGACAUCAUCACCCUGCCCAUGCGCGAUGUGCCCCGAGACAUCGCAGGGCUGUACGGGGUCGAGCUAUGGUGGCUCGGCCGUCUGGCGAACGGUACCCAGAUCGCCCCGGGCAAGUAUAAGAUGCGGUUUGCGGCGCUGGUUCCGUUUGGGAACCCCGAGGCGUCGGACAACUGGGACGUCUUUGAGACUCCCGCCUUUGAGGUGUUGCCACUGGAGGUUUAA